GAAUAUUCCAGAGAAAGUCGUGCCGCUGAUUCUACAGUAUCUGGGUGGUAUCCCGAGUCCUUCUGAGCCUGUUAUGAAGUACAAUCGAGACGAAUUGCAAGGCUCUAAGGUUGCCUUACGUGUAAUCAUACCUCACGAUUGGAUCUUUACAGUCUGGAGAGAAGAUUUUUAUGCGCCAUCACUAUGAUCAUAUGAUGAUCAUGUGUUAAAAUUUAUUUCCAUUCGACUCUUUUAAACAUAUGUAAAAGUCAUAGAAAUCCGCUUUUAACCCGUAUAAAUAUGUCAGAAUCUUCACAUAGAGUGGAGCAGGAUCAUUUUGCUGUACUCCUCCGGCAGUGUGGAACUUCAAAAAAAUUGAGUGAGGGUAGAAGAGUUCAUGCCCAAAUCCUGGAGAGUGUGCAUAGACACAACAGGUAUUUGGCGAAUCUGGUGGUGGAGAUGUAUGGGAGAUGUGGAAGUGUCGAGGACUCGAAAGCAGCAUUCGAUCGAAUUCCUCAGCCCAAUCUCUUCUCGUGGAAUAUCAUGAUCCAAGUGUAUACCCGCAAUGGCUAUUUUGAACAAGCGCUAGAGACUUUCACCCAAAUGCCAGUUCAAAACACAAUUGCUUGGAAUUCGAUGAUUUCUGCCUAUGCAGACAAUGGCAAUUUGAUCCAAGCUCAAGAAAUAUUUGAAAAAAUGAAGAACAAAAACGAUGUCUCCUGGACGAUUAUCAUCACAGCAUAUGCCUCAACUGGGCAUUUUGAAAAGGCAAAUAAUCUCUUUCAGCAGAUGGCAGAGGUGACUGUGGUAUCAUGUACCGCGAUGAUACAGGCUUAUAUACUUAAUGGCCAUCUUAACAAGGCAAAGUUUUUGUUUGAUAAAAUGCAAGAAAAGAAUAUCUUAACCUUUACCACCAUGCUCGUUGCAUAUGCCGAAACUGGGCAUUUGGAACAAGCAAAGUUUAUUUUUGAUGCAAUGCCAUACAGAGAUGUGGUUACCUGGACAGCCAUGAUUGACGGCUAUGCGCAAAAUGGAAACCUUACGGAAGCAAAAAAAUUGUUUGAGAGUGCACCAGUUUGGAACGUGAUAACUUGGACCGCAAUUCUUACCGCAAGUACCAAAUCAGGGCAUUUAGAUGCUGCAGAAGAGAUGUUUAAGAAUAUGCCGGAGAAGAAUAAUGUAUCAUGGAAUGCUAUGUUAGCGUCUUACGUCACAGUUUCAAACAUUAGAAAAGCAAAAGGGAUAUUUGACAUGAUGCCUGAACCCGAUGUAGUUGCACGUACAAGCAUGAUUCAAGCUUAUGCCGAUGCAGGAGAUCUUGAUUCAGCAAAGAUUAUUUUCGACCAAAUAGAAGAUCCAACAUUUGUAACUUGGACUGUAAUGUUACAAGCUUACGCAAGAAAUAUGUUGUUAGAGCAAGCAAGAAUUAUGUUUGAAAAGAUGCCAUUCAGAGACACUGGUGCAUGGAAUUCCAUGAUUGCGGCAUAUGCCCAUUCUGGGCACAUCAAUGAAUCUCAAAAACUCUUUAACCAAAUGCCAAGGUGGGAUUUGGUGACAUGGAAUAUAAUUGUUGCCGGUUUGGGACGCAAUGGAAACUUUGAAGAAGCACUCUCUAUGUUCUAUGAAAUGCCAGAAAGGGAUACCAUUUCAUGGAACGUAUUGCUGACAAUUUUUGUCCAAGCCGGUGCCUUGGCAAAAGCAGAAAAAACAUUUGCCACGAUGUUUGAUCAUGAUCUUGUCUCUUGGAACGCAAUGCUCGCAGCAUAUGCCCAGAAUGGCCACCCAAGAAAAGCUGUAGAGGUGUUUCUCGAGCUCAACUUGCGCGGCGCAAUCCCAGACAGUGUCGCAUUUUUGAGCCUUCUCACGGUUUGCAACCACUUGGGUCUGAUCACCCGAAGCAUCCAGCUCUUCUCCUCGAUGCACCACGACUUUGGAGUGAUCCAAUCUCAAGAACACUAUGCCUGCAUUGUAGACGUCAUUGGGCGAUGCGGGGAGCUCCAAAAUGCCAAGGAUGUGAUCCACUCUAUGCCUUGCAAGCCAAAUCUCGAGGCAUGGGGUGCCAUGCUUGGAGCUUCCACUGUCCAGCGCGAUUCACUUUUGGGUGGCUGCGCAGCCACUAAAGUUCUCGAGUUUGACACCUCCCAAGCAACCUCUUAUGUGAUGCUCUCCAAUGCUUUACAAGUUUAAAUACU